AUGAAGAUUAACAUAUAUGCUUCAUGUGGUUUGUGGAAAUCGUCGAUGAACAAUGGAUGGGGAUUUCUUGUUGAUGAAGAAAAAGGAGGCAGGUUACUUACUUUGGACACAAGUUCAAGCUUUGAAAACCUAAAGGCUAUGGUGUGUGAAGACUUUGGAAUUGAUGUAAACAUGGUCAAUAUAGAGCUGAGUUAUUUACCUUCCGAUUUGAUCAAUAGCAUCUACUCACCCCCUGUUAUCAUCACCAGUGAAAGACAAGUUCGAAAUUUUCUUACAUAUGUAAAGAACAAAGCUUCGACGCAGUUGUGUGUGAGUACUCAAGCCUCUAACAUAGCGGAAGAAGGUAGUGAGUCGCCUAACAGAGAGGAAGCGCUUAUGGAGUCUGACGAUUCAAGUGAUAUGGAUUCAGAACAAGAUGUUGAGGUACCUGACAGUGAAGAUGACAAAAAGUGUGACAAAGAAAAGAUCAAUGAAGAUGGUGUUCGCUUUUCUUUGGUAGAUGUUGUGAAGAAGGGUCAAUCUUUUACUUCCAAAACACUUUUGAAGGCAGCAUUCGAAAUAUGUGCAAUGAAAAAUAAUUUCGACUACGUGGUUGUCAGAUCGGAUAAAAAAGUAUGGUACAUUCGUUGCUCAGAUGAUGACUGCACAUGGCGUGUUCGUGCAGAGGGUUUAACAGGCUCAUCGUAUUUUAUCAUCAAAAAGUAUGUACCUGAUCAUUCAUGUGCUGCCUCCAAUAGGAAGGGUUCUGUUAGGACAGUUUCAGCAAAAACAGUGGGUACUCUGAUCAUGCAUAAGUAUGAAACUGCUAAAGAAGGACCGAGAUCGGAUGAUAUAAUCCAGUAUAUGCGUAUGGUAUAUGGAGUUGAGAUAUCCUAUUCUUUGGCGUGGGAUGCACGUGAAUAUGCAAUCAACGCAGUUAAAGGUAUUCCGGAGAAAGGUUAUGAAAAAAUUCCUAAAUACUUGCAUAUGAUGAAGGAAGCUAAUCCAGGGUCACACACAUUUUAUGAAAGGGAUACAAAAGGGAGAUUCAAAUACCUCUUCAUCUCGUUUGGUCAGAGUGUUCGCGGUUUCUAUGCUGCAAUUAGAAAAGUUAUUGUGGUGGAUGGGACUUUUUUGAAGAGCAAAUACAAAGGAGUAUUACUAGUUGCUACAGCAUUAGAUGGAAACUCGAGUUUAUAUCCUAUUGCCUUUGGAGUUGUCGACUCAGAGAAUGACCUCGCGUGGAACUGGUUUAUGAGACAACUUAAUAUGGUCAUUGCUGACGACCAUAGUUUAGCUUUUGUGUCUGAUAGGAAUUCCUCAAUUGCUAAAGCUAUUGCGAGAGUGUACCCGCAAGCUCAUCAUGGAAUUUGCAUUCACCACUUGCUGAAUAAUGUUGUAACAUAUUUCAGCGGGAAAGGUGUGGCUGGUUUGGUUGCUAAGGCUUCUAAAGCUUAUCGAGCUGCUGAUUUUCGUAAGGUCUUCACUGCUAUUUUCGCUAUUAGUCCUGAAAUUGGACAGUAUCUCAUAGAUGCCGAUGUGAGGAAGUGGGCUCGUUGUCAGUUUCCGGGUUACAGAUAUGAUAUUAGGACUACUAACCCUGCGGAGUCGAUAAAUGCAGCUUUGCGUACGCCUAGAGAGUUUCCAGUGAUACCUUUGUUGGACAGCAUUAGGGAAAUGAUGACUCGAUGGUUUUUUAAACGUAGAACUUUAAGUUCUAAGCAUUCGAAGCCACUAACCAUUGCUGUGGAGAAUAGCCAAGUUCUAAACAUUACAAAAUAG